AUGGCUUCAUUUGGACAACUUUAAAGGCGAUUUCCUCAAUAUUUAGAUUUUCAAAUAGUUGUAUCUCUACCAAAUAUUUUCCUAUCCUUACAAACCAUACAUCAAUGAACAGCUUAUUUAUUAAUGUGAUGUAGCAUACAGCAUCAUGUCUGAUUCAUUCCUGCAUAUUUCCGAAACAUAUUACUCCCAUUUUAUGUCUUAUUGAUAAUCCUGUACAUUCAAGCCAAACGUUUUGAGAAUCGGUUCCACUGAAUCGACUCAAUUCAAGCGAACGAUUUGUUCGCGCAACGAAUGCGCUGUGGGAAUUAACAGCACGCGUCUUUCAAUACUUGUACCUAAAAUAGAAUCCCGAUGUGUGUUUCUCAUGUAAAUUAAACGGAUCAUCUCUCUCUCUCUCUCUCUCUCUGAGUGCCCUGCGCUCUUUGCGCGCGCCUCUGUUGGUUAUUGGAAAGGCGCGCGGUCUCCGUUACGCAUUUGGGCGCAGGAUGGCGGAGAGUCACGCCGAGAUAAGCAGCCACGAUUGUCGGCGACCGUUAACAACUUUCCACCACAGAUCAUCCAAAUGGGUCCGUCUGAACGUCGGUGGUACUUAUUUUCUGACCACCCGACAGACUCUGUGCCGGGACCCCAAAUCAUUCCUGUUCCGACUGUGCCAAGCGGACCCGGAUCUGGAUUCAGAUAAGGACGAGACUGGGGCAUACCUGAUUGACAGGGAUCCGAUGUAUUUCGGGCCGGUAUUGAAUUACCUUAGGCAUGGCAAGUUGGUUCUCAACAGGAACCUGACAGAAGAGGGAGCUCUUGAAGAGGCGGAGUUCUACAACAUCACAUCUUUAAUCAAACUCAUUAAAGAUAAGAUUAGUGACAGAGAUGCCAAGACUACACAUACACCAGUCAAACAUGUUUACCGAGUGUUGCAGUGUCAGGAGGAAGAACUGACUCAGAUGGUCUCAACCAUGUCAGAUGGAUGGAAAUUUGAGCAGCUUGUCAGUGUAGGUUAUGGGCGGGCGCAGAAGUCAGAGUUUUUCCUGAUUGUGUCUCGGGAGGUGAAGUGGGAGGAGUCGAGCCAAACUUGCCCUGCCCACAGUGGAGAGUUGGUCAAUAUUGGCUCCUCCUACAAUUAUGGUAAUGAAGAUCAGGCGGAGUUUCUGUGUGUUGUUUCCAAAGAGCUGCACAAUCAAUCAUACACUGGAAACAACCAACCUAGUGAGAAAGCCAAGAUUCUACAGGAACGAGGUUCUAGAAUAUGAUCUAGAUGUUUCACAAUACAGCUUUCUUUCUUGAACAUUCCAAUAACUUGUUCUCUUCGCUCCAGUAAGAGCAUUAGAUGGACACAUCCGACAUCAGAAGCACACAACACAUGAGGAGCAUGUCCAGUGUAUUUUAAUAAAAAUGGAAAAAGGACACUGUUAAACUGGACCCAUGUAAAUCUCAGGGAUCAAAAUGAAAUGCAACAAUCAAUCACUCUCAAUACACGUUUCUCUGUUACCAAAACCAUAUGGAUAUUAAUAACAAUGUCCGGGUCCUAUUGUGCAUAUACAACAAAGCAAUUAUAGUAGUAAUGUAAUAAUUGAUUUUAGUUUAGUUUGGUUUACAUUUUUUAAAGUUGGAUAUAGAAUCUCAUACCCUCUAAAAAAAAUGAUGCUAAAUAGCACUAAAAGUGGUUCACUGGCUCGUAAUUAUUGGAAAAAUUUUUAAUGCUAACAUCACCAAGUGAUCUCUCUAAACGAUCCCAAACGAGGCAUAAGGGUCGUAUCUAGUGAAACAAUCUUCAUAAAUAAAAUAAAAUGGCAUCACAAGAAUAGUGCAAGAUGCGAAGUUUUAGUUAAAAGUACUUUUAUUUAAUUUUUUCGAAAAUGAUGAUCAUUUUGCUAGACCCUUAUGCCUCAGUUGGGAUUAUUUAGAGCCCUUUGAAGCUGCAUUGAAACUGCAAUUUUUAAUUGCAUUGAAACUGUGAACUGUUGAGGUUUACUACGGUCCACUAUAUUGAGAAAAAUUCUGGAAUAUUUUCUUCAAAAAAAAAAAAAAAAAAACUUAAUUUCUUCUGACUGAACAAAGAAAGACAUAAACAUCUUGGAUGACAUGGGGAUGCUUAAAUUAUCCAAAAAAUUUUUAUGAAAGUGGAAUAAUGUUUUAAGAUUAUUGCUCUAUAUACAUAAAAACAUGUUUUACUUACAAUAUAAAACUACUACUACUAUGUUAUUACUCCUUUAUAAUGCAAAAUUUGUUGCUCUUGCACUACUGUAUUAUUAUUAUUAUUAUAUUAUUAUCUUAUUAUUAUCAGACACAUUUGAUAUAUUGACAGUGUUAUUCUGCAAUGUUUGUAUUUCUUUCUUGUGUUUGGAAAUCUGAUCUUAUGUCAAUGUCAAAUUCAAACAGACAACUGUAGCCAAAACAUUCACAUAGCCUACUUUAAAAAUAUAAAUCAAUUUUUUUUUAAAUCAGUCCAUGUGUCUGUGUUUCUUUUAAGUUUUUGAGAAAGUAGAUCAUUGUCCAUUCCAUAAGCUGGAUAUAAUUACCAGUUUAGUCGCAAUUUAUUUAAACCAAUUAAUCUAAUCCCUGUGUUCCUGUAUAGCUCAGUAAUAAAGGUAAAUAUGUAAAUAUAAUCAAUAAACUAUAUAUGUGCUGCAUCACUAUUUGAUCCUAAAUGUAAUUUGGUUGCAUAGUAUUUGUCAAAGCCUGGCAUGCAGAGCAUUAUAAGAUCAUAUCAUGAUUGAUAAAUUACACUUUAACAGCAUCAUUGGAAACAUUAUGUAAUUAUGGGCUUGGGCUAUAGUGUAGUGCACUUUUUGAUUUUAGGGUUACAUUUUUUACUUUCAGAGAUUAAUCCAUGGCUCCAGCUUGUU